CUAACAGAAGAUGAAAUUGCAACUAUUCUAAAAUCUACUCUUAAAGGGCUUGAAUACCUGCACUUUAUGAGAAAAAUACAUAGAGAUAUAAAGGCUGGAAACAUCCUUCUUAACACUGAGGGACAUGCAAAAUUAGCUGAUUUUGGUGUGGCUGGGCAGUUAACAGAUACAAUGGCAAAACGUAAUACUGUUAUAGGAACUCCAUUUUGGAUGGCUCCUGAAGUAAUACAAGAGAUUGGGUAUAACUGUGUGGCAGACAUCUGGUCCCUUGGUAUCACUUCAAUAGAAAUGGCUGAAGGAAAGCCACCGUAUGCUGAUAUUCAUCCAAUGAGGGCUAUUUUUAUGAUUCCUACAAAUCCCCCUCCAACCUUCCGGAAGCCAGAGCUCUGGUCUGAUGAAUUCACAGAUUUUGUGAAGAAAUGCUUAGUGAAAAAUCCUGAACAAAGAGCUACAGCAACACAGCUGCUACAGCAUACAUUUAUUAAGAAUGCCAAGCCAGUUUCAAUUUUAAGGGACCUGAUCACUGAAGCUAUGGAGAUAAAGGCAAAGCGACAUGAGGAACAGCAGAGAGAACUAGAAGAGGAGGAAGAAAAUUCGGAUGAAGAUGAGCUGGACUCUCACACCAUGGUGAAAACCAGUUCGGAGAGCGCUGGUACCAUGAGGGCCACAAGCACGAUGAGUGAAGGCGCUCAGACAAUGAUUGAACACAACAGUACUAUGUUAGAAUCGGACUUGGGGACCAUGGUAAUAAAUAGCGAUGAUGAUGAAGAGGAAGAUGGAACCAUGAAACGAAAUGCUACUUCACCGCAAGUUCAAAGGCCUUCUUUCAUGGACUACUUUGAUAAACAAGAUUCCAAGAAUAAAAGCCCUGAAAACUGUAAUCAGAACAUGCAUGAACCUUACCACAUAUCCAAAAACGUUUUCCCUGAUAACUGGAAAGUCCCUCAAGAUGGAGACUUUGAUUUCUUAAAGAAUCUGAGUUUAGAAGAAUUACAGAUGCGAUUAAAGGCUUUGGACCCUAUGAUGGAACGAGAAAUUGAGGAGCUUCGUCAGAGGUACACUGCAAAGAGGCAACCUAUCCUAGAUGCGAUGGAUGCAAAGAAACGGAGGCAACAAAAUUUCUGAGUUUGUUUUACUUUCAGAGAUAAUGCUAUGAGUCAGUGUGGACACUGGUAACUUUGUAAGUCUGAAGGAAUUCGAUUAUGAGAGUUUUCCAAAACCUAAUCUUCUGAAUUUUCCUUCACGAGCAAUGACAAUUGGAGCAGUGAAAGAACAUACAUAUGGUGUUCUGCAAAGGCAGCGAAACACAUUACCACCUGUUUGUAUUUUCAAAUAUUUAAUGUAACAGAAGUUUAAUCUGUUACUUCCCAAUCUUUUUCAGGUGUAGAGUGGUAACUUGGUGUUGUACGUUAGGAGUUAUGUUUUGGAACACCUGGAACUAUUUCUUGAUUGUGCAACACUACAGAGCCUUAUGUUGCAAUAUAUUUUCCUCCCACUUAGUAGCAUAUUUAUUAUGUAAUCUUUGAUUAUCCUAUUUAUUUUAUGCCUGUUUUCUUUUUUAUUAGGAAGCAUGAG